UGCAAACGCCCAGCUUGCAGCAUUGAUCACAGAUCGCAGAUCCGAAGAGCAGUGACAGCUCCUGACAGCACGAGCAACACCACACCAUGUCUAAAUCAUCCAGGAUGAACCGCACCGCCAGUCUAACAGAGUCCGAGCUGUCAGAGGAAGAACUGGAAGCCACUUUGCUGGAGAACGAGGACGAGCUGUCCGAAGGAUGUCACCACUCCAAGUGCUCCAGGGACAGCGAGAGCUCCACCAGCGAGGUGGAGGGCUCCAAGUCCAAAAAGAGGAGCCGUCCAGUGAGGUCCAAGGCUCGCAGGACAGCCGCCAACGUGAGGGAACGCAAGAGGAUCCUGGACUACAACCAGGCGUUCAACGCCCUGAGGAUGGCCCUCAAGCACGACCUCAACGGCAAGCGGCUCUCCAAGAUCGCCACCCUGCGACGGGCCAUCAGCCGGAUCUCCUCUCUCUCCUUGUUCCUGCACACGAACCCGGUGCACAGACACAACCAUACCGAAUGCCAGUUCGAGGAGCCCAGAAUGGACGCGGGGGGGAAGGACGGAGGGCGGCAAACCUUCCAGGGGCCAUCGGAAAGCCACCCUCCACACCACCCCCCCUCGGAUCAAAUCUACGGAGACAGCCACCUGCCCCCUUCCUCCUCCUCCUCCUCCUCCUCCUCCUCCUCCUCUCCACUCUAUUCCAGAUAUUCCCCUCAGGCCCAGUACUACGUUCACCAGGGACAUUACAGGGGUCCCCGAGAAGAUCCCUGUAGCCCUGCUGGCUACACCAGCAGCGGGGCAGGCCACCAGUUUGGAGUCAGGCCAAGCUGUCACCAAAACCACGCGGACAACUGUGCAGAGCCCUCGACUGCAGCGGCCUUCCCCUGGCAUCUCAGCUAUCUCCAAGGCACUGGUUAUCAACAGCCCCUAACGAUGCACUGAGUUCAGGCUGGCACUAAAAACUUCCGAGACUUUGAGAAGAAUUCAAGUGACUCUGCGGUCCCAAUUCACCAAACUCAGUUGGCAUUUAAAGACGGUGUGUAUUAAUACUAAAAUAUUUCAGUGUCUUUUUUUUUUAAGUACAAAGAUGCCUGCUGUUGACAGAGUUUUGUUGCAGAUGUUUGGUUUACCAUACACCUAAUGCAAUUCUAUCUACUCUAUGAGUAAUGCAAACAUGGGAGAAAGUUGCUGCAUUAUUUUUUUAUGCAUCAAGAUGAAACUUCAAUGUAUUUGUCCGUGUUUAUUGUCUUCUGUGACUGCAAUUCGAUUCUAUGUAAUAAACUAAAUUACUGUUUUUUUGUCUGGUCUUUUUUCCCCCUCCAGGGUAUUAAAAUGUUUUAUUUAUUGAUGUAGUUAUUUAUUUUGAAUAUUUGGGGUGCUGUUGUUUCAGAAAUUGAAAUGAUUUUGGUUUUGUUUCAAGUGUUCAGUUAACAUUCCACUUAGAAAGUGGCCCAUAUGCUUUAGCCUGUAUUUCACGAUACCAAAAUGUACAAAGUGUAGUUUACUGUGUUAUAAAAAAUAUAUAAUGUGCAGGGUUUUAUAAAAAAUAUAUAAUGUGCAGGGUUUUAUAAAAAUAUAUAACGUGCAGGGUUUUAUAAAAAUAUAGUGUGCAGGGUUUUAUAAAAAUAUAUAAAGUGCAGGGUUUUAUAAAAAAAAAAAUGGUAACAUGUUUGUUGUUUUGUUAUAUUUAUUUAAAAAAGCAAGUUUGGAAAAAUGUAUUUUAUUUUGUCAUUAAG